AUGCUUAAAUUCUGUUGGAUUUAUUUCGUAAUUUCUAUUUAUCAAUGUUCGGCACAAUUACAAAGCGAUACAUUGGUUGUGACCAAUUCUGGUCCCGUAAGAGGCAAACGUUAUGAAUACACCUCUAAGUUUAAUCGGCGGACAAUCAACUCAUUUAUAGGUAUCCCUUAUUCCAGACCUCCUGUUGGAGAUCUAAGGUUUCAGCUACCACAACAACCAGAGGUUUGGAAAACAGAAAAAGAUGUGACCAAUAAUUAUGUGAUGUGUCCACAAGUUUACCAAAGAUUUGACUUUUCACUUAAUAAUCUGAUUCGUGAAGAUGAAGAUUGUUUAUAUUUGAAUAUCUUUGUUCCGUUGGGAACUGUUUGUAUAAUUUGA